AGUCUGUAAGGAGAUAUUGGCCUGUUUUUCUUUCUGUUUUUUGUUCAUACGGCAGUAAGCGACAACACACCACCACGGGAGUCAGGACAAAAAGAAGGUCUGAGCUGUUAAGAAUAUGCCCAAGAAUAAAGGUAAGGGAGGAAAGAAUCGUAGACGUGGAAAGAACGAGAAUGAAUCAGAGAAGAGAGAGCUGGUGUUCAAAGAGGACGGGCAAGAAUAUGCCCAGGUGAUUAAGAUGUUGGGUAAUGGGAGGUUGGAAGCCAUGUGUUUUGAUGGAGUGAAACGGCUCUGCCACAUCCGAGGGAAGCUCAGGAAAAAGGUGUGGAUUAACACAUCAGAUAUCAUCUUGGUGGGAUUGAGAGAUUACCAGGAUAACAAAGCUGACGUCAUCCUGAAGUACAAUGCAGAUGAGGCCAGGAGUCUGAAGGCCUAUGGAGAGCUGCCAGAACACGCCAAAAUCAACGAGACGGACACCUUCGGUCCUGGGGAUGAUGAAGACAUCCAGUUCGACGACAUUGGCGAUGAUGACGAGGACAUUGAUGAUAUCUAAGGGCUCUCUCUUGUACCUGACGGGAUGUUUCCCCUCCGCUCCCAACAUCAAGACGUCCAAACAGGACGUCCACGUUCUCCAGCAGAAACCCUGAAUUCACACACACACACACAUACAUACACACGCAUUACAUUUCAAGGAGGUUACCUCUUCCUGAUACCAUGACUGCAGCUACUCACGAUCUCAUGUUAUCUUUUUAAUGUGUUGAUUGAUUUCACUCCGAGUGGAAUUUAGUUAUACGUACAGAAUCUCUGGAUUCGCAAUAAAAAGAUAAACCAUU